AUGCUCUCUCGAAGAAUCAAAUACCUCCUCAUCCUCAUCCUCAUCAUGCUUGUUGCUUCGUCCAUCCGCAAGAACGCCAUCGGAAGAUCGCUCAACUUCACCAGAUCCUCCAAGACGUUGCUAAGUCUGAAGCUCCUCGCGUACCAGCCGACCCAGAAUUAUGCUAUACUGCGCCUAAAUACCGCUAAGCGGUACUUCUCGUCUAGCGCCAAUCCUGCUGAGUCCGGUUCCUUGGUCCAGUACAAAGUCUCGGUUGCAUUCCAGCCAAAGGACCGCGAGAACCUUGAGAACAAGUUUGUCAAGUCUAAGAAGCAGAAGUACGCGGAAGCACACAAGCUCUACCAAGGCGAGGAGGAGGGUCUUUCAGAGACCGGUGAAGACAACUACUUUGUGUCGAUCAAGGAUGACUCGCACCUUGCAAUGGGUGUGGCGGACGGGGUUGGCGGUUGGAGCGAGUUGGGGUUCGACUCCUCCGCCAUUUCACGCGAGUUGUGCCAGGCAAUGUCGCGGUUGUACGCAGGCAACCAGAUGUUGACCCCAAAGCAGUUGUUGAGCUUGGCGUACCAGGAGAUCCAGCAGUCCAGCAAGGUCGAAAUCGGCGGCACAACCGCUUGUUUGGGCACUGUGAAUCCAGAGGGGUUGUUGAAGGUUGCCAACUUGGGCGACUCGUGGUGCGGUGUGUUCCGAAACUACAAAUGCAUCGAGCAGACCGAAUUUCAGACCCAUGGCUUUAACACGCCGUUCCAGUUGGCCAAGAUUCCGGAUGAGUUCUUGAAGAAGGCCCAGAGACAGGGCAAAAAGUAUAUCAUGGACACCCCUAAGUCAGCAGACGAGUACGAGUUCCAGUUACAGAGCGGUGACUUUGUCAUGUUUGCUACCGAUGGUGUCACCGACAACAUUGACGUCUCCGACAUGGAAAUCUUCUUGAAGGACCAUGCGGAGAAGUUACUGCACAAGAACGAGCAGGAGAUGCACCAGGUCACGUCAAAGUUUGUCACCGAGGUGGUAAAGUUGAGCAAAGAUGUGAACUACCCAAGCGUAUUUGCACAGGAGUUAUCCCGGUUAUCCGGCCAGAAGUACUUGGGGGGCAAGGAAGAUGACAUCACCGUUCUUCUUGUUAAGGUCCAGUAG